CGUUCAUCAGAGAAUCUCUCACACUCACACACCAUGGAGUUCAUCAAUGAGAGUUGGAGAAGUCUAACCCAUCCCUUGUAUGGAUUAAAUCUAAAAGAUAAAUUUGGUAGUCUUGAGAGAAAUCACCUGCACAAAGCUGUGGCAGAAGGAAAUUCUAAACUAGUGAAAGCAAUUAUUAAUGAAGAUAAGUCUCUUUUACUGGAAAAAGAUAAGAUAGGGUGUACGCCGUUGCAUCUAGCAUCAAUUUCAGGGAAUGUGGGUAUUGUUAAGUUAUUGUUAAUAGCAGAUCCAACUGCCUGUAAUGUUAAAGAUGAAUAUGAGAGAACUCCUCUCCACGUCGCUAUAGACAUCGAUGACGUUCCAGUCAUGAAAGCUCUGUUGCCAACAACUGCAGUCGAUACAGAUAUCUUACAUUUCUCAAUAAGGAAAAGCAGCAGGUUGAGAACCUUUGAAACGUUAGUAGAACACUUCUCGACCCUGGCUAAUGUUAACGUCUUGAACACUCGGAAUAAUGUUACAGAUGGGGACACACUGCUGCACACAGCGGCCAGAUUGAACAAAUUGAAGAUCAUGAAAUACCUCUUGCACUUUAGAAGACUGAGUGUUGAUACAACUUUAGAAAAUUACAUAGAGCCAAAAAAAAAAGCAUUAGAUAUGGUAACGGAAGAGGACAGGAACUGAGUGCUGUUUGGAGAUGUCUAUAGACCAGAAAAAGAAGUAAGAAAUGUGCAGUGGAUGAGUGACAGGGUAAAUAUCAUUAUAAUAGUUGCAACUCUGAUCAUGGGCAUUGCUUGCCAGGCUGUAGUGAACCCUCCAGGAGGUGUGUGGCAAGAUGAAAGUCGGAUUGAUUCGCUUACUGAUCCUCUUCGGUUUGCUUACUAUAUUGGGCAUAUGUUUGGGCACCACAUGACUGGUGAUUGGAAACCUUAUGUCAGCAUCCACUCUAGCAAGGAUGUCAACGUGACAGACAUGACAAAUUUUAUCGAAGAUUUAGGAACUCUGGCUAGAAAUUACUCAGUUAACUUGUUGGGGUGGCAUUAUAAUGGAAGAGGAGGGAUUCAAGAAGAUAGUUUCCGAUCUUCAAAACAAGAGUAGACAGGGUAGGAUUUCAAUGGAAAAGCCUUUUCCUUACAUUGCCCUUUACUCCGGUUCUCCCAUCCUAGGGUACACACACCCUGUACUUUACACCACCUACACAAUUUCUAGCACUGUGGCUUUCCUAACAUCAGCCACCAGUAUUCUCCUUGUGCUCUGUGGGUUUGUAAACAAUCCGUCGCGCUCACAUAUAAGUGUUCUGGCUGCACUGACUAGUAUAUCAGUCGGAUGCAUAAUCUUUGGGUAUCUGGCUAUUUUCAUCGCAGUGACUCCUGACUUCUACCGGAUCGAUCCCAUCACUUAUUCGGUUGUUGUGUUUGGAGGACUUUGGGGACUAGGUUUAGUUGGUGUCAUUGGGUUGAAGAUAUUGAAGUUCGUCCACAACAAGAAGAAGGCUCAGCGAAGGGGAUUUUAUGGAGGUAGUCGCAGAACAUCUUUAACAACCUCAACUACAGCAAGGUUUGGCGUCUUUGUAAUGGCAAUCGUGGCCUUCUUUGUCAUCUUCUUCUUCACUAUCUAUCCAUCAUUCUAUGAGGAGCUGAGUUACUUCUCCUGAAUGGUAUGUUGGAUUUAACUGCCUUUGUUGAAUGUGACAUUGAUACUUUAACAUGGCGUGAACUUUUGAGACUAGGUUUAGUCGGCUCAUACUUAGAUUAGAUUUGGGAUUGGUAGGUUUACUACAGAAGAGGAAAUUGAUCGUGCAGUGGAACUUACUGUUAGACAGGUGGUUAAAGAAGGGAUUGAUAUCAAAAGUAUCCAGUGGUCACAGCAUUAGUAGUUUGCUGAAUGUGUUGUUCUUGAGAUUUGACAAUAAAUCUUAUUGUAUACAGAGCCGUAGUUGCUCAGAUGAACGUGGGUCUGCACUCACAAAUCAAUACUCAGGUUUCUUUCUUAUGAAGUUCGCAUUCUCAUUCUCAUGAACUCUUGUCCUCACUUUCUGUUUGCUGGAUAUGCAUUUUUGCAGUUAAUUUGGUAUGUUUUGAAUAUAUAUUCUUCUGUUUAUGUAUACGUUUGAAUUAGUGUUUGGC